AGAAUGUGAAUGCAUUUUUCCAGAUGAUCAUAUCCGUUUUUGUUGUUGCUUGAACAAUUUCCAUUUUUUAGCAUCUUUCUUCUUAGUAUGGUUUUCGAUAUCGUAUAUUACAGCUGGCACUGAUCACCUCCUAUUGCACUUUACUUUUUCAUACACAAGAGCUUCUAUCUUACAAAAAAUAUUACAAAUAUAGCCUACCCAAUUACUUCCGCAUUGCGAAGAUCGUUAAUAAUCAGAACCGUUUUGGAUUAUAAAUUUUAAAUCUUAUCCUAACACUUGCAACUUCAGAUGUUUACCGGGAUUACAAGUAGCACAAGAGCACGCUUCCGAUUAUUAUGUAGAACCAUAAGCAUCACUCAUAUAGAACGAACCUCUCUGGAAGGGGCACUGCGCACGGGGUGAAACAACCGCAAGAAGCGCGGCGCGACCUAUGGUCGACUACAACAGUACUCGCGAUGCGAAGACGGCUUCUCCUAUUGUCGGGUAGCGCAGCACGACCUAUUGUCGGGUAGUCUAUGCAGCAGGAAUCUGGACCGGGCGGCGGAAGGUAAGUGUUUACGGUGCUGCUGUAGGAUCUGUAUGGGUUGUUUUGCGAUGCGAAGUUCGUGUCACUCAGUGACACUGACACCACAGGAUUCUUUCGUGGAUUCGCGGCAAAGAUCUUCAUCAUGCAGGUAUCGGUAUGUAAAGUCGGACCCUCCUCCUUGUGGGGGCGGGGUCUUUUGUGAUGAAUAAAGUAAGUAAGUGAAAUACUACAGGGAAAAGUUCAAGAAUAAGAAUUUUUGCAAAAAUAGCUAGGCGGGUUCGACGAGGGCGCAGAAGCAGAUGACGAAAUGGAUUCCGCGCUGGAGGUCGGCGAGGUACAUCUCCAGCGGGAAAACCGGGGAGGGUGGCUCGUGAGGGUGGCCCAGAAGCAUCGCGCGCGCCCACUUUCGGAUCGGUCUGGAGGAGACACUCCGUACAAAAAAGUGGCAGUCUCAAUACUCGCGCGCCUUUUUGCUUAUAGAUCGUGAUUAGCAUGAAAAUAGGCAAUUACCAAUCGGCGUUGAGUUUUCAAGAAUGGACAGGGUGGGGGGUUCCGAAAAGGGUCCGGAAGCGGCAAACUGGCGCCCCCCCUCUGAGCCCCCAAAUCGGCACCAUAGCAUGGGUGUUGAGUUUUCAAGAAUAGAAAGAUCGACCCCCCUGAAGACCCCCCCGCGAAAGCCCCCGCGGAGGCCCCCCCUUGAGAUUUUUUGGCCCUCCGAAAGGGCCACAGAAUUGGGCUCCGGCUCCCUUUGGGUUCCCCGGCCAACAAAAGCAUCGGGCGAGGCCGGGGCCGGGGCGGUGGCCGGGCCAUAGAAGCGCCGGGCCGCAGCCUGGGGGUGGGGCCGCAGCCGGCCUUUUGUAUUUUCUCCUUUUUCUUCUGUGUGUGGCAUUUGUCUUGUACUUACUACAAAAAGACUACAACACCGCGACCCAGCACCUACCGUCGCUGGGCCCCCUAAGCAAUUUUUGCUCGGAUUCUUAUUCUUGAACUUUUCCCCUUAGUAUGAAAGAAUCACUCAAUACCACUUUACACACAGGUCGCUGCUUCUGUACCAGACAUCUCUGGUCUUGCUUUUGUACCAGAGCCAGCGCAAUGAACACAAGAUGAAGACAGUCAAAGUAGACGCUGCAGUACUUCCACAUGCGAAAUACCAUCUUCUGCGAAGUUGACACCGAACGGAAGGUAUUUUUGUACUGUUGUGACGAGCUACUUAAACUUAUACAGAUAUGUAAUCUAAAGCUUAGAGUCGAACAGAUUUCAAUAAUCAUACAGAUUCCACUGAACAACAGCAGAGCCACACUGGGUUCUACGUCGACGUGUGGGUGUUUCGUGCUGCAUUCGAGUGAUGAAACCACGAAGCAUCACUUUAUACAGGUACUCUCGCCGUCGUCGUGCGUCUGAUCUAGAUCUAGAACCUGUGCAACCGACAGAGGGAGGUAGGCGCACCAGUAGAAGCAGUACAAAAGGCGAAGUUAUAAGUACCCUCUGCGAAGUUGGCAACGAAAGCGAAUACUAGAAGGUACUUUUGUACUUUUGUAGGCUAGAAGUAGAAGGAGUAGACUUCUACUUUGUCAUGCAACAAAUCAAUCUUUCGGCCCCGUGGUCUGUCUGUGAAGAUGUACUUGUUCGAAGCGGCACUCUCGCGCAACCCACUUCUCGCGGCGUGUGAUGUGCGAGACAAAUCGAAAUCGCUAAAACAACAUCAUCGCAGGUAUUGUUCUCUCGUCGCGCUUGUUUCCAGUCACCAGCACAAGCGCAAUCGACAAAAGACGCAAGACAGCCGAAGAAGAAGCUCGCAUGACCACCUAUGAAGCUGUUGUUUUCCCGGCGUAGAAGUUCCACCUACUUUCACGGCAUAGCCUGCCCCAGUAGGUUCGGCGAAAGCUAACGUAGCAAACCUGCUGGACUUAUUUCAUUAUUUACACAUGGGACAAGAAAUAAUAGUAAACAUUUGAUACAUGCGACAAAUUUAUUUCUUUACCAUAUUUUGGGUUCAAGAAACCACGGGAAAAGGCAGAGCAUAUC